GGGCCAGUGGUCAAUAAAGCACAUCAUGUAUAAAAAAGUCCUCUUCGUCAGCUUCGUGGCAAUCUGCUACUCUAGUCCAAUCCCCGAAGACCAAGCGUUCUCCUCGCAGAGCAUCAUCCGGCACAAUGAUCCCAAUCAGCCACAAUACAUUCAACACCCAGCGCAACUCCAGAUCGAGCACCAACAAUUACUUCAACAUGGACCUCUCGUCCAUCAUUUUGAUAGUGCACCUCUUAUUCAUUCCGCACCAGUCGUUCAUGCCAUUCAUACUCCAGUAGUCCACGCCGCUCCUGUGGUACAUACACCUGUAGUGCAUGCCUCUCCGUUGAGCCUGGUGCAUCAUGUGGCUCCUGUACAUCAUGCUCCAGUGGUCCAGCAUGUGGCUCCCGCGGUAGUAGGCCGCACGGAACGCGUGGAAGAAUACCCACCAGCGCAUUACGAGUUCUCCUACUCCGUGGAAGACCCCCAGACUGGAGACCACAAGUCCCAGCGCGAGAGUCGCGACGGUGACGUGGUGAAGGGAGAGUACUCCCUGCUGCAACCUGACGGUUCCAUCCGCAAAGUGGAGUACACCGCUGACAGUCAAAAUGGAUUCAAUGCUGUGGUCCACAAUUCGGCUCCCGGUCCCGACGUGGUGGUGCCCACCCCUGUCCACCCCACCUCAGCCAUCCCUGCGCCUGCGCAAUACGCCCAUUAAACAACCACUGAACUGUAUUGACUGUAUCUGUAUUUAUUAUAGUUAUAAAAUUGUA